AUUAAUGACCAUGAGCAAGUGUGACUCGUUGGGCACCUCCGCAGCAAACGGGUUCAAAGUGGAACGGGCCGUUACAACGCCACAUAAACCACACGUCUCGCGUAAACUUCACACUCGCAGUUGUUAUUUGGAGUGACACGGGCGAAAUGAAAACUUUUUUUGUAUUCACCACUGUUUUCCUGGUGUCGGUGAUGGUAUCAUCAUCACCGGUUGACCACCGUCCAAGCAUCCCGCCGCCGCCGUACUAUCCUAAACCACCAUCGCCGCUGGAAGGCGGCAGGCCUGAUGUAAAAGGCUAUCCCCAUCAGAAGCCAUUGUAUCCCACUGUGAGGAAGGGAGAGUACGUGUGCGGCGACAAAAUCUGCAAGCUGACCCCGGGAGUGGAGCCCCCGGGCUGCAACGGCAUCUGCCAAUACCCUCUCUAACCAACUGCAGUCAGGCUGCGUUCCGAACCGGUGUGGUGGUAGACUGGUAGC